AAGAGGAAGCAGGAUGUCAUGAAGGCGUGUUAGCCACCAGUCACUAUGCAAUGACUCUGUGUCUCUGUCUACACAUAGAGUGGGCCACAGCUUUUACCGAGGACUCUGGGAAAUGAAUCUUACACUAUUCCUGCUUUUGGCAUUGACAGCUAGCUGGACUGGACUUGUUCAAUGUGAAGACAAUGAAGAGACAGAGCAUGGGAAUGCCUUGGAAGACUUACCAAUCUUCCAAGAGGGUGAAGAAGAAAACUCAGAGAAUCAUUGGGAUGGUGCUGGCUCUGGAGAUGGAAUAGCCUGGGCAUCUACCUUGGAGCUCAGCUCCCCACCAAACAGUGAGUCAACCACUCAAGAAAUACAUACAAGUAAGGAAACAAAGCCGGCUACUGGGACAACUACAGACGAGAGAGAAGAGAAUCCCAACGCCAUCAUCAUGAUCAUCAUACCUUUAGUUCUCACACUCGUCAUCAUCGCUGUGAUCCUGUGUGUAGUCAUGGUCUAUCGCAGGUGGAGAAGAAAAGUUGCUGAAGACUCAAAAGAAGAUCCUUAUCUGGAUCAUGAAGACCAUGAAAAGGUGCCAAUGCCCAUGUUUGAGGAUGAUAUCCCAUCAGUGAUGGAGCUGGAAAUGGAAGAUCUAGAAAACUGGAUGACAAAAGAUGGAGGCAAGAAAGUGGACACUGGCCAAAUAUAAUGAAUAGCUUUUCAGUACCAUCUGUGGACCUGAUGCUAUUUUCAUGUGUCCUCAUAUCCAGUGUUGCACAGACUACAUGUUGAGGUAUACUUAGGUACAUGUAAUUCAGAUACUUAUAAAAGAAGUGCUUUAAGAUUAUUUCUUAAUGCCAUAACUUUAUAUUAAAAACAUAUUUGUCCAACACUGUUGUGUAAAGACCGUUGUCAUUUCGAUGUUUUGUUCUGUUGCACUGAACAGGAUACAACAGUUGUGUUGAAAGCCAAUAUGCUGUACUUUUGAUAUUGAUAUUUUCACCACUUUUUGACUGAGUACAACAAAAUUAUAAACAAUGUUGUUUCUUUAUAAUAUAAUAAUCAUUCUUGUCUAAAAUUGUCUAAAUGCAAGGACUGCCACAAAUGUUUUUCAUCAUUCCAUUUAAAUUAUAAAGACAUUAGACCUUUUAACUUUGUAAAUAUUAUAACAUUUGUUGUAUUUUUUGUAUAAGUUUGUUUACAAUUUGUAAUGAACUGAAAUAAUCCUUGAAACACCAACACAUUUCCUGCUAUGUACUGUAUGUAUAUUAAAAGAGGAACUAUUCUUA